GCAAAGGGGCUGAUCUGAGCAAGCCACCAUGUCGAAAAGCAAAGGACAUACGGAAAGAAAGAAAACUGCAGAAACUCCUUCAGAACCAGAUGUGCACGUCUGAAGGCUCUCCACUUGAAGCAGGAAAUCAAGUUUUCCUCUUGCAAAACUCUAAAUCUAAAACAAACCAACCUAAAACCAUUGAAGACUUCGUUUUUGUCUCUUUACCUGAUGAUGCACCACACAAAUUAGAGGUGAGGGUGGUGAGAUCAUCUCCACCAAGUUCACAGUUCAAAGCCACAUUUCAGGAGUCUUACCAGGUCUAUAAGCGUUACCAGAUGGUUAUUCACAAGGACCCACCUGAUAAACCAACUAUAAAUCAGUUCACACGAUUCCUCUGUGAUUCUCCUCUGGAGGCAGAGAAUGCACCAAAUGGACCAGAAUGUGGCUAUGGUUCUUUCCACCAGCAGUAUUGGCUGGAUGGGAAGAUAAUUGCUGUCGGUGUAAUUGAUAUCCUGCCCUACUGCGUGUCCUCUGUCUAUCUGUACUAUGAUCCAGACUAUUCUUUUUUAUCUUUGGGAGUCUACUCUGCAUUACGGGAAAUUGCUUUUACUAGGCAACUUCAUGAAAAAGCUCCUGAUCUCUGUUUUUAUUAUAUGGGUUUCUACAUUCAUUCAUGCCCCAAAAUGAGAUACAAG